AUGGCGGUCGACAAUUCGCUGGAGUCGCUGCUCGCGACGCUCACAACCUCGAUCCAAUCCGCCACCGAGGCCCUGCCCAAGGACGACAUCCUGCCGCCCAAGGAAGGCAUCUCGCUCCUCGAUGUCAAGAACGAGCUGCUGCUCUCGUACCUGCAGAACCUCGUCUUCCUGAUCCUCCUCAAACUGCGAGCGCGCUCCUCCGGCGCGAGCGACCAGCUCCACCCCCAAGAUGAGGUCGUGCAGAAGCUCGUCGAGCUGCGAAUCUACCUGGAGAAGGGCGUGCGCCCGCUCGAGAACCGCCUGAAAUACAACAUCGACAAGAUCAUCCGCAGCGCCGACGACGCCGCCCGCCGCGCCGCACAGCCCGCCAAACCAAAGGCGCGCCCCCACGCCUCCGACGACAGCGACGCCUCGUCCGUCGCCUCGCACCAAACCGCCGACUCGGACGACGAAAUGGCCUACGCCCCCAACAAAGCCGCCGUCGCACGCGCCCGCCCCGAGGAGCCCACGCGCGACCACGCCCCCGCAAAAGACGGCAUCUACCGCCCGCCGCGCAUCACGCCCAUCGCGAUGCCGACAACCGAGGCCCGCGAGCGCCGCGAGCGCCGCCCCGCGCAGUCCGCCACCCUCAACGAGUUCAUCGCCACGGAGCUCUCGUCCGCGCCCCUCGCCGAGCCCUCCAUCGGCAGCACCAUCACGCACGGCGGGCGGCACACGAAGAGCGAGAAGGAGCGCCGCGAGGAGCGCGAGCGCCGCGACUACGAAGAGGCGAACUUCACGCGCCUCGCGCCCAAGAGCAAGAAGGAUCUGCGCAAGGAGGAGCGCGGGCGCGCGGGCGGGUUUGGCGGCGAGGAGAUGCGCGGGAUUGGGGCCGGGAUUGAUCGGAUUGAGCGGCUGACGGAGAAGAAGGGCAAGGCCAAGGGCGGGAGUCUGGAGAAGAGCCGCAAGAGGCCCGUGGAGGAUGGGCCGCGGGGGAGCGGGAGUGCGGUUGGGGAUGCGUUUGAGAAGCGGCGGAAGAUUGUGGGGCGGUACAAGUAA